AUGGCCUACGAGAAGGAAGUUGACGUUGUCGACGUCGCGUCGGUGCUCUCGCACGAGGUGACGAACGCGAACAACGAGAAGGAUCGCGCGCCGCUCAACCCCGUUCUGGAGGAGUACCUCGCCAUGGAGCCCGCCGACCGGGCGGCGUUCGACAAGAAGCUGCUCCGCAGGAUGGACUGGCAUCUUAUUCCAUGGAUGACCUUCCUCUACCUCAUGUCGUUCCUCGACCGAGUCAACGUCGGCACGGCCAAGCUCUGGAACCUCGAACGCGACCUCCACCUCAACUCGCAGCAGUUCGCCAACGUGACUCUCGUCUUCUUCGUGUCCUACGUCGCGUUUGAGAUUCCCUCCAACCUCGUCCUCAAGAAGCUCCGCCCGUCCCGCUUCAUCCCCGGCAUCGUGAUCAUCUGGUCGCUGUUCCAGAUCUUCAUGGGCCUCGUAACCAACUACGGCCAGCUUCUCGCCCUCCGCUUCUGUCUCGGCGCGGCCGAGGCCGGCCUCUUCCCCGGCCUCAGCUUCUACCUCAACGGGUGGUACCGCCGUGAGGAGCUGUCCCAGCGCAUGGCCUUCUUCUGGGGCGGUGCUGUGCUCGCCGGCGCAUUCGGCGGCAUCUUUGGCUGGGGGCUCGGGCACAUGCAGGGCGUCGGCGGCAAACCGGGCUGGGCGUGGAUCUUCAUCAUUGAGGGCCUUAUGACGUUCGUCUGCGGCAUCGCGAGCUUCUGGCUUAUCUACGACUGGCCCGACCGCGCCCGCUUCCUCACCGACCUGGAGCGCGAGGUCAUCCACUACCGCCUCAAGCUCGACUCGGGCCUCGCGACGCAGGGCGCCUUCUCGUGGAAGGCGAUACGUCGCGGCGUCACCGACUGGAAGACGAUCACCUUCAUGAUCAACUACGUCGGCCCAGCCCAGUGCAUGUACUCGCUGGUCAUGUUCGCGCCGUCCAUCCUGGCGUCACUCGGCUCGUGGACCCGCCCCCAGUCGUUGUUGCUCUCGGUUCCCCCUUACGCCCUUGCGUUCGGCACCACAAUCUUCACCGGCUACCUCUCCGACAAGUGGUUCAAGCGCGGUAUCUUCAACAUGUUCUGGGGCACGCUCGCCGUCGUCGGCUAUGUCAUUCUCAUGGUGACCAAGCAGCCCGCAGCCAAGUACUUCGCCGUCUUCCUCACCACCAUGUCGGCCGCGCCGAUGAUCUCCACCACGAUCGUAUGGUGCGGCAACAACUUUGGAUCGCACUACAAGAAGGCGACGGCCAUGGGCAUGAUCUUCUCGUCGGGCAACUCGGCAGGUAUCUGGGCCGCGCUCGCCUACAGAUCCAAGGACCCAAAGCCCACCUACAUCCCCGGCCACGCGACGGCCAUGUCCUUUGCAGCCGCCAACGUCAUCACGUCCGUCAUUCUUUGGUUCUUCAUGCGCCGCGAGAACCAGCGCCGCGAGCGCGAGUACGGCCCCGCCCCUGGCCCCGAGGAGCUGCAUGACAUUGACGACCCGGCGUACCGCGCCAAGUGGGGUCUCGAGGGUCUCACCCACGACGAGAUUCUCAACCUUGGCGACGACCACCCAGCGUUCCGCUAUGUCCUGUAA